UAGGACUGGUACGGCAAAGUAUCCAAUAGCCACGAGCCACGUAGCCAACGAUGCAUCGACUUACGCGUCAUUUCGACGGGUAAAGUCGUCGUCUCCAGCUCCUAUUGAAUCAACAAUAUCUUCCGUUAAAUAAAAUUAUAAUCUCUCACCGGGAUUUGUUUAUCUACACCAGCCCUAAAUACGGUUCUACUUACGCGGUUGGUCAGCUAAACGGACGGUAGUCGUUGGAUCGCCGACCAGAUCAGGUUAUAAUGGCCGAGGACAAGUAUAAUUUGAAGAAUCCGGCGGUGAAGAGGAUUUUGCAGGAGGUCAAAGAGAUGCAAUCUAAUCCUUCUGAUGAUUUCAUGAGCCUGCCUCUUGAGGAGAACAUAUUUGAAUGGCAAUUUGCCCUCAGGGGCCCCUGUGAUUCUGAAUUUGAGGGUGGCAUUUAUCAUGGACGAAUUCAAUUGCCUGCAGAAUAUCCAUUCAAACCUCCUUCAUUUAUGUUGUUGACACCGAAUGGCCGAUUUGAAACACAGACAAAAAUAUGCCUAAGCAUAUCAAAUCACCAUCCUGAGCAUUGGCAGCCAUCAUGGAGUGUACGAACAGCUCUGGUAGCUCUUAUUGCAUUCAUGCCUACCAAUCCAAAUGGUGCACUGGGCUCACUAGACUACAAGAAGGAAGAGAGGCGUGCUCUGGCCAUCAAAUCUCGUGAAGCUGCCCCUAGAUUUGGAACUCCUGAGCGUCAAAAACUCAUUGAUGAGAUUCAUCAGUAUAUGCUAAGCAAGGCACCACCAGUUCCUCAACUAAACCCCUCUCCGGAUUCUGAAGAACAACCUACCAAUAGGGAGGGUGAAGCCCAGUCAAGUUUGCAAGAAGAUGGAGCCAUAGCUGCACAUCUUCCAAAUCCAGUAGAUGAUGAAAAUCUGGCAGUAGGUGAUACGAUUACUGAAGAAGUGCCUGAGGCUCCUGUCAAUGUGAAUCCUGGCACUACAGGAGUGAGCGUAUCAAGAGAGAUUCCUGCUAAUCAGCUGCUGCAUGAGCCAGGGACAAGGGUUCAAAAACCAGCUGAUGAUCGCUUGUUCACAUGGGCUGCUGUUGGACUCACCAUUGCAAUUGUGGUUCUUUUGCUGAAGAAGUUCUUGAAAUCCAGUGGACAUGGUGCUUUGUUCAUGGAUGGAUCAUAAAUGCAGAGAUAUUCAUCUAGAUUGGGAUUGUGUUUUAAGUUAUAUUUAUAGGGAGGAAAAAAAAAUGGAGAACAAAACAAGAAGAGGGAAACGUUCUACCAAGGUUUUCAUAUAUAUUGGUAUAAUUUGUAAUUAUAUAUUAUAACGUGCUCGAUUAUUGUAAUUAACGAUGUAGAUGAGCGACUUGUUUGCAUUUGGAAACAUGUAUGGAAGUGUUCUUACGUCGCUAUCUGAUGUAAUCCCUAGACAUUCUGUUGGGUUUGAAUAGUUGGAUGGUGUGGGAAAUCUACAGUGUUUGCUA